ACCACCACCACCACCACCACACACACACACACACAUAUACAAACACACACACGCAUGCAGAUAUGAUUUCAUCCAACACACCUCUCUCUACUCAUCUCAUUCCCCCGCUCUCUUCUAUCACUUGCCACCGUCCUCAUCCCACACCUCUCUCCAAUUUGUUGAGUAAUUGUUACUGUCCCGUUAGUGAAAAUCACUAUAUAUUGAUUGAUAUUUUAUGUUAUACAUUGAUUUCAAGAGUAAUUUUUUUUACAUAGGCAAUUACUAGGAUUUGAUAAAUAGCAAAGUAAAGAAAUCUAAUUUUUUUUUUGGUUGAGCAACCCUAAUUGAAUGAAAUUUGCAAGUUUAAUUAGGAAUUUAAGAUACUACUUUGUGGAAUUAUGCUUCAAUUAAUGUGAAUGUGAUUGGGAUUGUGAAUUUUAUUUGUAAUGAGAUUGUGAUUUUUAUUGUGAUUGUGGAUUUAUUAUAUUUUAUAAUUUCUUUUAUUUUUUUUAUCAUACGACUGGUUAGACCUAACGUUUGAAUCAGUGAACCAUUGCCCCGGUCUCAAGAUCGAAGUCUGGUUCGGUUCUAAUAACAUUGCCCUACAGUUGUGGUCAAUCAAGGCUGAACUGUUGUGACUUCAUUUUACUGCCUUAUGGUCUUGGUCUUUAGCCUUUACUCUUUUGCUGAGCAUUUGAUUUUGGACAGAAACGGUGAGAGGCGUGGAGGCAUUAGAGAAUGCUGAGCCUAAGCUACCACCAAUCUCUCUCUCCAGCAGUACAAGUUCGCGGCAACCAUAUUGAGUCUUCUUCACCCUUCCCUUCCACUUUCACUCGUCGUCUGAACCUCAACUACAUCACAUCGUCUUCUUUGUCUUGGAUGCUAAAACAACACAGUCCUCCCAUGUUGCCAUGCAGAGCAUCGCUCGAAGUCCAAAGCACUUCCAAUAGGAACAAGGAUUUACCCGUCCAUGGAGUGUCGGAAACGGUUGUGGGUGUGUUAGGAGGAGGACAAUUGGGUCGGAUGCUAUGCCAAGCAGCAUCCCAGAUGGGAAUCAAGGUAAUUGUUUUGGAUCCUAUGGAGAACUGUCCGGCAAGUGUAUUAGCUCAUUAUCAUAUGGUGGGAAGUUAUGAUGAUAGUGCUGCAGUUGAAGAGUUUGCAAAAAGGUGUGGAGUGUUGACGGUUGAAAUAGAGCAUGUUGAUGCUGCCACUUUGGAGAAACUUGAACAACAAGGGGUGGAUUGCCAACCUAAGGCCUCCACUAUCCGAAUUAUCCAGGAUAAAUACCUUCAAAAAGUUCAUUUUUCCCGGCAUGCUAUUCCAUUACCUAAAUUUAUGCAGAUAGAUGAUUUUGAAAGUGCUCAAAGAGCAGGUGACUUUUAUGGAUAUCCUCUUAUGAUAAAGAGCAGAAGGCUUGCUUAUGAUGGGCGUGGCAAUGCUGUUGCUAAAAGUGAAGAGGAGCUUGCUUGUGCAGUACAUGCUCUCGGAGGAUAUGAUCGUGGCUUGUAUGUUGAGAAAUGGGCACCAUUUGUAAAGGAGCUUGCUGUCAUUGUUGCAAGAGGAAGUGAUAAUUCCAUUUUAUGCUAUCCUGUGGUCGAAACUAUUCACAGGGAGAACAUUUGUCAUGUUGUCAAGGCACCUGCUAACGUGCCAUGGAAGAUUAUGAAACUUGCAACUGAUGUUGCAUACAGAGCUGUUAGCUCUUUAGAAGGAGCUGGUGUGUUUGCAGUUGAGUUAUUUUUGACAGCAGAUGGUCAGAUUUUAUUAAACGAAGUAGCCCCUAGACCUCAUAACAGUGGCCAUCACACAAUUGAAUCUUGCUUUACGUCACAAUUCGAGCAGCAUUUGCGUGCUGUUGUUGGUCUUCCACUUGGUGAUCCAUCUAUGAAAACUCCAGCAGCUAUCAUGUACAAUAUACUAGGUGAAGAUGAGGGAGAACCAGGUUUCCUCCGGACUCAUCAACUUAUUGGAAGGGCUUUGGGAAUCCCAGGUGCUACAGUUCAUUGGUAUGAUAAGCCAGAAAUGCGAAAACAAAGAAAGAUGGGUCAUAUCACAAUUGUUGGCUCUUCUAUGGGCAUUUUGGAAUCUCAGCUUAAAUCAAUGCUGAGGGAAGAUAUUAUGGAUGAUCAGCCUGCAGUCACACCACGUGUUGGAAUUAUAAUGGGCUCUGAUUCAGAUCUUCCUGUUAUGAAAGAUGCUGCAAAAAUCUUGAAAGAGUUUGAUGUGCCUGCUGAGGUGAGAAUAGUUUCAGCACACCGGACCCCUGAAAUGAUGUUUUCUUAUGCUUUGUCUGCUCGGGAACGAGGCAUCCAGAUUAUUAUUGCUGGGGCUGGUGGUGCAGCCCACUUGCCAGGCAUGGUAGCGGCAUUGACCCCCAUACCUGUUAUUGGUGUUCCAGUACGUGCUUCUGUGUUGGAUGGACUUGACUCCCUCUUAUCAAUUGUACAGAUGCCAAGGGGUGUUCCAGUUGCAACAGUCGCAAUAAACAAUGCCACAAAUGCAGGUUUGUUGGCAGUAAGAAUGUUAGGGGUUGGGGACGCCGACUUACAAGCAAAAAUGGUCCAAUACCAAGAGGACAGAAGAGAUGAGGUCUUGGUAAAGGGGGAGAAGCUCCAAAGAGGUGGUUGGGAAGAUUACUUGAAUGCUUGA